GUAUUUCUUUCCUCUCAUCCACGUCUUCCAUUAAUAAACGAUGAAGGUGACUGACGAUGCCUAUGAAUAAGUGGCUGGCUUCCACAGGAUCGUCGCCGGCCAAGGGCUUUAAACCCUAGGCCCUGUUUAGGACGAUGACUUAGGGUGCGAAUUUGGAUUGACGAUCGCUCGCUCGCCCUGCUUCAUCAUCUCCGAAAUAAGACCAUAUAUCACAAAGGCUCACUCGUCACAUGGCUUCCCAAUUUGAAUUUUGGGAUCUAUUUGCUAAUUAAAGGUUUGUGUUGGUCUUAAUUGGAGGGCAAGUCAUUAGAUCAGCCUAAAGGGAAGAUGCAUUCACACUAGAAGUCUGAAUACACUCUUGUGAAAGGCCACCUUAUACCUUGGCAGUGACUUUGUCUUUGAAACCAAAGACUAACAUCGAAGGCGGAUCAUGUCUGAGAGAGCAAUCGAAUCCAAUAAGGAUGAAGAUUGUAGCUGCAAAAGCAAAGGAUUAUUUUAUGCCACUUGCUUAUGCAGACUCUUGGAGUUGGUUGUGGGAAUACAAGUCACUCUAUGGCAUAACUCUUAUGUAAAUCAAACCAAUGAUAUGUACCUGUUUCUGGGGUAUGCUGCUACUCUAAGAAUGUGCUUCACAGAGCCUUCAGUCUUUUCUUAUUUAACUCUAAAUAUGAAUUGCUUCUUCAGGCACGAGUUGAAAUGGGCCACACGGGAUUCUGAUUCCACUAGACGACCUCUAUUUCCCAUGCUAAACCCCACUGACAAUGGUAAAUGCACUGCUGCUGAUUCUUUUAAGCAUGGUGGUCCAAAUUUUGCCCUUCGGUAAUGUUGAACUUGCAUAAAAAGAUACAUGGUAUCAAAGAAAAACCUUCAAAUUAUGACUGAAAACUGAAAUGCUGUGGUAGAUUAACAAUUGCUUCAAAGAGCUUCUCAACAUCCCAACAGUGGCAGAAUUCCAUAGAACGUGAUCUGAAGGCACUUCUGUUGGACAUAGCUACAAUUGACGCAUUCUACACAAGGUUGACCUAGCCACGUCCCUCAUUCAGAAGGCCAGGUCUAAGGGAGUGACACUGUUCCUUCCUCCUGAUGUUAUGCUUGCUGACAGAUCGCCUCUGCUCUAACUGAUGAUGCUCCUUCAGUCAGGAUGGCUGCUUGCCUUGCCAUUGGUGUAAUUCCUUGCUUCCCAUAAAUAUUUGACAGUGUAGAGGUCUUUGAAAAGUUCAUCUAUGCUGCUGAACACAAUAACCGGGAUACAUCAGCAUCUGUCCGUAUAAUAGCUUCCUGGGCUUUAGCAAAUAUUUGUGAUGCCCUUUAUCACCAUGUAAAUUUACAUGGCUUUGAUCCACAUUCUUCUGAAUGAACACUGCACUAAGCAAACUGUGAAUGAGUACUAGGUUCUUUCAGAAUGAGUACUACGUUUAUAAUGAACAAAUGUGUGAAAAUCAACCCUACAAUGUCUUAGAAUGAACACUACGUGGAUUC